GUAAUCAUAGUCUGCACUAUUUACACUGAUUUGUGAUAACAGCAAGGCCCUGAUCUAUCAGUGCUUUUGGACGCAAAGCCAGAUUGAGAAGUAAUGGCUGAACCACGCUGCAGAGGAGGUAUGGCAUGUCUAAAGACCAAAGUACAAAUCCACCCACACACACACACACACACAGGCACAAAUUAGACGGGAAAUGGUGAUGGUUAUUUCCUCAUAUCACCAUUUCCUAUAUAUACUGAACCUUCAGGAGCUUGCUUUGUAGUGCACUUUAGCUCUCGCUCACACACACACUCACUCCAGCUCUCAAGAUGGGCAGCUUUGUUGCAAAUGAAGGUGUCUCCAUUUUUGUCAUUCUUGUCUGGCUGGGGAUCAAUGUUUUCCUGUUUGUAUAUUUCUAUAUACAAUUCCUCGUCGAUAAAUACUACUACACUCGUAUUCUUCUUGGGGACGCGCUGUCGUGGGCCAGAGCUCCGGCCGCCUGCCUCAACUUCAACUGCAUGCUGAUCCUGCUGCCUGUGUGCCGCAACCUACUCUCUUUUCUGCGAGGCACUGUUCAGAUUUGUAGCCGAACUGCAGCUCGCCAACUUGAUAAGAACAUCACCUUCCAUAAGCUGGUCGCCUACAUGAUAGCCUUUCACACAGCGGUCCACAUCAUGGCCCACCUUUUCAACUUUGAGCGCUUCAUGGACGCCCAGCUGUUGGGGAACAGUAGCCAGCUGCCUUACGUGCUCUCGCAGAUCGGCAACGGAGACAACCGGUCCUUCCUCAACCCCAUCCGCAGCAACGAAACCAAUCCAACUAUUGUGAUGUUCACCACCAUCGCUGGUCUGACCGGCGUGGUCAUCACCUUAGCCCUGAUCUUGAUCAUCACUUCUUCCAUGGAGGUCAUCCGGAGGUCAUACUUUGAGGUGUUCUGGUACACCCAUCACCUGUUUGUGGUCUUCUUCAUUGGCUUGGUUUUUCACGGAGCGGGACGCAUUGUACGUGGCCAAACAGACACCGAUCUAGACAAGAAUAGCCCGGGAAAAUGUGCUGCUCACUUUGAAGAAUGGGGCAAAAAUGGGACUUUCUGCACUGAACCGCAGUUUGCAGGAAAUCCCCCAAUGACGUGGAAGUGGGUGGUGGGACCCAUGUUUCUGUACGUGUGUGAGAGGCUGGUACGACUCUGGCGCUCACAUCAGAAGGUGGUCAUCACAAAGGUGGUCAUGCACCCGUCCAAAACACUGGAGCUCCAGAUGCGGAAAAAAGGCUUCAAAAUGGAGGUGGGACAGUACGUGUUCCUUAAGUGUCCGUCGGUCUCACAGCUGGAGUGGCACCCCUUCACGCUCACCUCUGCCCCCGAAGAGGACCACUUCAGCGUCCACGUCCGCAUCGUGGGGGACUGGACCGAGGGCCUGCUGAAGGCCUGUGGAGGGGACAAGAACGAGUUCCAGGAGGCCUGGAAACUGCCCAAGAUGGCAGUGGAUGGACCAUUUGGGACGGCCAGUGAGGAUGUUUUCCGCUACGAUGUGGUCAUGCUUGUGGGUGCUGGAAUUGGAGUCACCCCUUUUGCAUCCAUCCUGAAAUCUGUGUGGUACAAACAUGUCAACAACAACGCCAACAUACUCACCAAGAAGAUCUACUUCUACUGGCUGUGUCCAGAGACCCAGGCUUUCGAGUGGUUCGCUGACCUCCUCCAGAGCCUGGAGGGUCAGAUGAUGGAGAAGGGCAUGAGUGACUUCCUCAGUUACAACAUCUACCUCACCAGGUGGAAGGAAUCUGAGGCCGCGUACUUCCGGGUUCGUCACGAGACUGAGAAUGACCCCAUCACUGGCCUGAAGGAGAAGACAAAGUUUGGGAAACCCAAAUGGCAGGACGAGUUCAGUACUAUCGGGGCAAACCAUCCAGACACAAAAGUGGGCGUGUUCCUAUGUGGCCCACAAGCUCUGGCUAAGACCCUGGAGAAGCAAUGUGUCUCCAACUCGGAGUCCUCCUGCAAGUUCAUCUUCAACAAGGAGAACUUCUGAGAUAUUUACAGUGCCUUUGCAGACACACCAAUGCUAUCUGCAAACACCUCUGUGGUUGUCAAUGCUCUCAAAAGGUCAGAGAAAACAGGGGGAAAAAUAUACUGAAAAGCAACGCAAGUGUUAUAAAUAUAAAGCUCAACCAGUGUUCUACUUGAAAGCCAUUUUUACUUGAAAGAUAAAGUGACAGAAGCAAGCGCUUUACUGAACUAAAUGUCACUGUCGUGUAUCCUAACAUUGCUAGCAUUAGGCCUAGUAACUAAAUGUUACUGUUGUGUAUUAGACCAUAGUAUUGAUCACUUUCUCAAUUCUAUGUGAUUUAAAUGUUAUUGUGAUCGGGUAGUUUCAGUCCAGGUAUCAGUGCUGAACAUUAUCUGCAUGUAUGUCUGUGUACCUUAAAAUGUGAUUAUGUUGGAUAACUGCAUGUUAUCAUUACUAAUGACUAGACAAUGUGAUUAUGUUGGAUAACUGUAUGUUAUCAUUACUAAUGACUAGACAAUUGGACAAUUGGAAAAAAAGUGCAAAAAUGC